AUGUCGGAAACCACAUCCGCCGGUCCAUCCUCAGCGUCGAACUCAGCAGCUAUUGAAUCAUACAAAACUCUGGUAGACGACUACGUCAAAAAUGGCCUCAACUUGUCACCCGGUGCGAAAAUAGGGAUCGGCGUAGGGGCGGGGAUUGUUGGGCUUGUAAUUAUUGGGAUGAUCAUCUUCAUCGCAAUACGUCUGCGCCGGUCGCGGUCAAACAAAUCGGGCGAAUCUAACACUGAAGGGGAAGGCGGGAGCGAGACCAGCCUUACGGAGGAGCAAAAGGCGGCCGAAGCGAGGAGGAUGCGAGCAUUGGACAAUAUGUGA